UUUCUACACAAGCGCGCUGACAAUGAAAACAAGCUCCGCAACCGAAAAACGCCAUUAAGUACGGCCGAAAAAAACACCUGCCAUUCCUAUUAAGUAUGCAAAUGAGCUAUGCGCGCCGGAUGCACUUUGCACCAAUGAGGGCACGCGGAGGGCUGUCAAUCACCAAUGUGGACGGCUAGUUGUGUAAUCAACGGCCAUCACAUUUGUGAAGCCAGCACAAGUCAACAUCGCAUAUAAUAUAAAUUACGAUGAGGACCGAGGAUUACUGUGAAAACGGUAGGCGGGGCGGAGGGGCGAGUGAACAAAUUACACGCGGUUAUUACAUAUUGUCAAACACAUUUUCACUCAUGUACUCAACGGUUUAGCCGAUGAGGCCUAUUGAGUCAGACGGUACGCAGCUUAGUUUACACGGCAGGGCCUCGCCGACUGCUAUACAGAGCCUUAUAGUAAAUCUCAGCGUCCGAAGAUGGAGGGGUCUUCUGUGAGUGACACGCCGGGGAAAACGCCGCCGUCUCCCGUCAACCCGAGCCCGCCGUCCCCGCUGCUACUCGCAACGAAUCUGACACUGGGAGUGGAGCCCCGGUUAUCGGCCUUCAAAUCCCUCGUAACCCCUGGGUGCGAGAGUCCAGUCAAACGGGAGCCGGCGGGCCGAGAUCAGAUGGGUCCAGGGGACAGAGCCGUAGCCGUACCGUCGAUACACAGCCACUCCGGGAGCAGCUUUCACGUGUAUUCCAAGCUUAUGGACUCUGCCUCGGCAGUCGCUGCGGCCUCCAGUGCGGCAGCGGCUGCAGCUGCGGCUACCUUACGAUACGGGGAUCUGACAGGGAUUCCUAACCUGAAUUGUAGCAGAUCGCCCAGUAUGUCAUUUGGGACUUCCAACAGCAUAUUCACUCGCAGGCGACGCAAGGAGACUCGGCAACGGCGCCAGCGAACCACCUUCACCAGCGAUCAGACCCUCAAGCUGGAGAUGGAAUACCAUCGCACCGAGUAUAUCACGCGGAUGAGGCGGGUCGAGCUGGCUGAGCUACUCAGCUUGACGGAGACGCAGAUCAAGAUAUGGUUCCAGAAUCGCCGGGCUAAGGAUAAGAGGAUUGAGAAGGCACAACUUGAUCAACAAUACAGGAGUAUGGGUCUUCCGACACCCGGCUGCACCUAUGCCGCCACCUAUCCAAGUUUCUGUGGAGCCUGCUACUACAAUCCUGCAACCUCCAGUAUGAAUCCCACCGCUGCCACCAUUGGAAGGCCAUACCACCAGCUUAGUAUCUGACUCAAGACGUCGCAAUAAACUUGAAUCUGAUGCUUUUAUUGGUUGAUAAAAAUCACAGAGUCUUUCUGUCAAGGAACUGUAGUUGAUGUUUUGGAGUUUCGAUAAUACCUUUUAUUUUAUUUCAGUAAGCUAUCCUGUGAUCCCAUAAUCACACAUGCCAGUCUAUAUAUGAACUGGAAAGGUUUUGCCAAAAGAGUUAGUUUUCUCUUCUGGCUUCAUCGAUACGAAUAACGAGACACAUUAUUUUCACCUCAAACAAACUUUUCUCUCUUUUUUCUAACCUUUACAAGAAAUACAUUCAUUAUCUCUGACAUUUUGUCGAUCAUCAGAGCUCAGCUAAAGAUGUGACCGAGAAUGUGGAAAUCAUAAAAGGACUCCUUUAUAUUGGUUAUCAUUUUCGUCGUCUUUGGUCCUCCAUGACACAAAAGGCAAUAAUAAUUGGUUAAGGCAAUCAACAUUAACAAACUGAAAGUAAUUCAUUUCGUUCACACGAUUAACAGAAUAUUUGUUUAAGCCUUCACACAGAUGAAAUCCCACCGAAUUAAGUAUGAAUUGCUUCCCGAUUAAGAUUUAACUUUAAAUCGGGAGUUGCUUGACGUUAUUAGAGUCAACAGAUGACUUCAUCAAAUUAAUCUCGAAUUGACCUGCCGUUUGCCUCUCUCAGCAACAGCUAAAAUCGGGAGGAUAAAAUGGAUGGAAUUUUCUUUACAUUUUAUGACCUUGGAGGGAGAUACACUGGACCUGUACAAAUAUAGAGAAUAAAAUGCGUUGCCUUCAGCACCCCCACUGAAGUCACUGGUACUGUUACGUAUCAAAAAGGAUGUAUCAAUAUAAAUAUUGUUUCGGAACAGUUUGUUCUGAACGAAUUUGAACAAACAAAAUCUCCACACGAUUCCAAGAAUCCAACGUCUGUUCUCCCUCUUUUAAAUUAGUGAAAAGUCAGGAGAUUAAAUGCAAACAAAUAAACCGUGUACAGUGCAAUAGCUAUGAUAAACUAUUUUAAUUAUUGGAAUGUUCUUUCUAUCUGGUAUUUGGUGUAGUUGAUUGCAAUUCUUCAUGCAAUAAAUUGUUAAUAAUUGUACAUAUCUUAA